GAUCACAAUCAUUCCUUGAGCUACGACCAUGUCCGAGCUCAGGUAUACCGCCAAUACUCAGCUGGAGCAGCUACACGCUCGUUACACUGGUACAGGGCACGCCGAUACCACCAAAUAUGAAUGGAUGACACAUCAACAUCGGGACACUCUCGCCUCUAUCGCUGGACACCCACCAUUAUUGGCUUACCUCGCCAUCGCGGAUGGCGAGUGUCAAGCGAGGUCGAAGUUUGAGGUCAUAGAGAAAAUGCUGCAGCCUUGUGGCAAGCCGCCCGGCAAGACGGAUUAGACUCCAUCUCCCAUUCACUGUUGUAUCUAUAACAUUCCACCAUGGAUCAAGGCAUGCAUCAAGAGCAGGUGU